AUGAUACUACGUGAUCAAUCUUUCAUCGCCUUGAUAAAAGUAAAGCAAGGAGAGAAAGAGAAAGUUAUGGACAUGCUACAAAAGAUACUGGAGAGAGAUCCCGAGCUGGACGGCAGGCCUGGCGAGGUGGAUAGCAACACAUUAAACCAUGUAGCUUCCGCACUAUUCCUUACUGGUAAACACAAAGAAGCAUUGUUGCUGUACAGCCGCUCAUUGAUGAUCGCGCAACCUGCUUUAGGAGAACAUCUUAACACGGCCUUGAUACUAAAAAGAAUCGGAGAAUGUCCAUUGAUUAUCGCGCAACCUGCUUUAGAAGAACAUAUUAACACGGCCGCCAUACUAAAAAGAAUCGGAGUCUGUAAGUUGUGUUUGGGUGACGCAGAUGGUGCCGCGAAUGCCUUCCAAGGGGCACUGGCCUUCACGGAGAAAAUCUUUGGGGGGCACCACAAAUUUACAGCAGCCAUGAUCCAUGACCUAGCUUGUGCCAUGUCAGCGCAGGGAAAUCAUGCUGAAGCUCUCAGUACAUUCCAGAGAGCACUUCGUAUGAAAGAAGACGUACUUGGCGAGAGUGCCAGUACAGCCCAUACCCUAUACAAAAUAGGCCAUGAAAUGCUAACUAUUAGCGACCCAGCAGGCGCUGUGAAGUCCAUCCAAAGAGCAGUGGCCAUCAUGGAGAAAAUCCAUGGGGAUCACCACGAAUCUACAGCAGACAUGAUCCAUAACCUAGCUUGUGCCAUGUCAGCGCAGGGAAAUUAUGCUGAAGCUCUCCUUACAUUCCAGAGAGCACUUCGUAUUAAGGAAGACUUAUUGGGCGAGAGUGCCAGUACAUCCCUUACUCUGUACGAAAUAGGCCAGAAUAUGCUGACUAUGAGUGACCCAGCAGGCGCUGAGAAGUCCUUCCAAAGAGCUCUGGACAUCAGAGAGAAUAUCCAUGGUGAGCACCACACAAUUACAGCAGAUACGAUCCAUGAGUUAGCCCGAGCCAUGUCAGCACAGGGAAAUCAUGCUGGAGCCCUCCGUACAUUCCAAAGAGCACUUCGUAUAAAGGAGAACUUAUUGGGCGAGAGUGCCAGUACAUCCCUUACUCUGUACAAAAUAGGCCACGAAAUGCUGAUUAUGAGUGAUCCAGCAGGCGCUGAGAAGUCUUUCCAUAGAGCACUGUCCAUCAGAGAGAAGAUCCAUGGGGAGCACCACGAAUCUACAGCAGUCGCUAUCAAUGCGUUAGGCGGUGCUAUGUCGAUACAAGGAAAUCACGUUGAAGCCCUCAGUUCACUGCAGAGAGCACUUCGUAUAACUGAAGAAGUGUGGGGUGAGAGUGCUAAUACAGCCACUGCACUAUGCAAUAUAGGAGUGGUAAUGCUUAAUAUGGACGACGUAGAUGGUGCCGUGAAUGCCUUCCAAAGAGCACUGACUAUCAAUGAGAAGACCCAUGGUGAGCACCACGAAUCUACAGCAAACACUAUCCAUCUGUUAGCCCGAGCCAUGUCAGCACAGGGAAAGCAUGUUGAAGCCCUCAGUACAUACCAGAGAGCAUUUCGUGUAAUGGAUGAAGUGUUGGGUGAGAGUGCCAGUACCGCAUGUACACUUCGCAACAUAGGACAGGAGAUGCUAACUUUGGAAGAUGCAGAUGGUGCCGUGAAUGCCUUUAAAAUAGCACUUGCCAUGGAGGAGAAGAUCCAUGGUGAGCACCACGAAUCUACAGCAAACACUAUCCAUCAGUUAGCCCGAGCCAUGUCAGCACAAGGAAAGCAUGUUGAGGCUCUUAGUGCAUACCAGAGAGCAAUUCGUAUAAAGGAAGAGGUGUUGGGUGAGAGUGAAAGCACAGUAAAGAAACUUUACACAAUAGGACAGGAAAUGUUGAAUACAGCCCAUACAGUGCAAAGUGAGGGCAGUGAUGAAAUAAAAACUGAUUAUAUUGAGUCAGCUGUUUAUGUUUUCAGAAAAGCUGUUGAAAUUAGAAAGAAAACAUUGGGUGAAUGCCACUCUUUAACUGUCGUCACAACGCAUGCUUUGGGCAGAGCUUUAUUUGAACAAGGUCAUUUCUCGGAGUCACUCAAUAUAUGUCUUAAGGUACUCCUUAUCCGUGAACAAGAAGGUUUGAUUGAAGAUCGCGACACUGUGGUUAUUAUGGGUAACAUUGCUGUGGUUAUGAAAGCCACAGAAGACACUGACGGUGCUAUAACGAUGUAUAGACGUGCUCUCGAUUUGAGUCGCAGAGUUCUGGGAGAUGAUGAACAGACAAUGGAUCUUCAAAAUGAUCUUUCCGAGAUCUUACAGGAGGUCGGUCGCGUUGAAGAGAGCGCAACGUUGAGGAAGGAAGCGGAGAUUCUAAAAAAGAGGCUGGCUGCUUCUAAGACUAAAUCGAAUGGAUCAUGA